AUGCAGAGGCGAUUCAUCACAGAGGACAGAUGUACCUAUGAAAAUGACAACUGUAUGGAGAAAACCUGUGAGGAAGGACAUGAUUUUAAAACUGAACACAACAUUCGUGCCUUGAAGAAAUAUGACCUUUUGGAUGCAAACAUAGAAGCCUUGAAGAAACUGACCAUAUCAUCUUUUGAUGUUGGGAAGGAAAGAGAGAGAAAGAAGGCAGAAGAAGCCAAGAAGAAAGUUUAUCAUGCCAAUGAGGAUGAUGGGAAUGUGGAAGUCCCAGAGGUGUGCAUAUUCCUUUUGAGUGGGCGUUGCUAUGAUGGGGAGAAGGGUCGCUGUAAGCGUCUUCAUGCUGCGAACUCUUUCCAUUGGCAAGUUCAGCAUCCCAAAUCAUUUAAGUGGGUGAAUUUAAGCAAGUCUCAGAGCGAGAAUCUUGAGCACCUGUAUGUUGACCCCAAUGUAGACAAAUCUACUUUAAAGGAUUUUGCACCAGAUGAAAUUCACUUGACAAAUAGAGUUCAACUCCAGAGUCUUUUCAAAAAUCAGGAAUAUAAGGCUGAUUUUGGGAAGAUGACGCUAUUAGAUGUCAAAGCCAAUGUCUCCAUGAAUAUGCGAAGACUCUGUACAGAAUCCUCGGUGAUGACUGGAGGGAAACAGUUUGCAACUAAGUGGCUGUGGUACUUCAAGGACCGGAGUGACAUAUGGAUGGAAUAUGGUUCUGCAACCCCUGAGCACAGCAGUAAGAGCAGUGUGAACUCUCAUGGAAUAGAGGGAGCUUUUUGCACUUCUCAGGGGAAAGGGACUUUGCCCUUCUUUACUGCUGAAUACAGUUAUGAAAUUGACUUCCAGAGGAUGGUGCAAAAGAACAAAGAUGUAAUGAAUGCAUUGGAGAAGCCAUGGGAAGUUGAGGCCAUGGAUUGUGAAGAAGUGGGGGAAUACAGAGAAGUGUGUCAAGACUGGCCCCUGUGCAAACUUGGCAGGGAGUGUAGUUUUGCUCAUCCUGAGGUUCUGUGCAAAGCCUUCCCAAAUUGUGAGCUUGGGAAUCAGUGCACAUUUGUUCAUCCCAAGUGCUGCUUUGAUGCUGCCUGCACACAACCAGACUGUGUGUUUUCUCAUUCGGUUCCCAUGUUACCUUUGGAUGAUUCAUUGACAGCCACAACAGACUUUCCCUGGCAAUUUCAACAUCCAGAACUCACCAAGUGGAUUUAUUUCACAGAAUCUCAGAGCCUCUACCUGGAGAAACAUUAUGCUGAUCCAAACAUUGAUAGGAUCACUCUAAAAGACUUUGGAGUUCCUGGCGAUGGUGAUUCAAGGAACUGCAUGGAGAUCCUGCAUUCAUUCAGGGAUUCUGAGUGGGAGGUUGAGUUCAUUAUGAUGAUGCUUUACUCUGUGCAGAGCAACCUUCAGAUGAAGAUUAGAAGAAUUGGGACAAAAUCAGCAGCCAUGAAUGGAAAUGAAUGGAAAGUGCUUACUACUGUAUGGCUAUGGUACUUCAAGGACCAGACAGGUGCAUGGGUGGAGUAUGGCUCUUCAACUGGGGGAGUGUUGAGUAGUUCUGGUAGAGUGUUGAGUUCAUGCAAGAUCCAGAGUAAUGUUGCAUCUCAAGAUAUUGAGAGAGCAUAUCUUGCUUCUCAGGGGAAAGGGACACUGCUCUUUCAUACUGAUCACCAUCCAUAUGAGCUUGACUUUCAAAGGAUGGUGCAGAAGAACACAAAUAUUAAAUAUGGUACAGAGAGAGAAGUGAAACGUCGUCCUGCCCCACCAACUUCCUCCAUACUAUCUGAAGUUCCUCUUGAAGGCUUCAGACACACCCCAAAGCAUUGGCUUCCUAUGCAUGACCCAUCCAGCAAGUUCCGUUUGGUAACCUUGUCUCCCACUUCACAAGAGCACAUGGAUGUUGUUAGCCUCUUUCAAGAAACUGGGAGUCCUGAAUUUCUGAAAAGUGAAAUGGAUGACUCCAAAUGGAAUACAGGCUCUGAUGAUGGUCUUGGCCCUAAAGGCUCCUUUGAUGAUGAUGUCAACAAUGGAAUCAGCUUUUGGUUGGAGGCAGGAGAGCCUGCAGGUUUUGCUGCAUCAGAAGAACCUGAAAGUGGAAGAGAAACGGCAGAGAAAAAGAGGAAGCAAAGAGGAAGAAGAGGAGGUAGAAAGGGAGGGGCAUCUCAACCCAACCAGCAAAGGGGAAAGCCAUCAAUAGAGCAUUCGAAUGCAGAUCAAUCAGGAAUACCAUAUAGCACAGUCAUGACCAACUAUGUGUAUGGAAAAAUGCCUCUUGCAGCACUAAGCACCCUCUGCCUCAACAAUGUUGCCAAGUUUGAGGAGAUAAAAAAGAAGAUCAUGAAACUCCUAAGGGAGUCUACAAGCGGAAAAGUUCACACAAGUAGAUUGGGUCAUCCAGCUAUGAUGCCAAUGGGAGAUGUUUUGGAGCUCCUUAAGGGGCAUGACCUGUUCUCCAUUUCUGAAGAGGGUGUCAUUUCACUCACUCUUGAAGUUUGUGAUGCCCACCUCUCAAUUGAAGGAUGUGAGAAGGAAAAUUGUAAUUCACUCCAUGUGUGUACCAAGUAUGUAUGCGGAAGGUGCCCUCGUGUCAAAUGUGACGAAGGGCAUGACUUCAAGACAGGGCACAAUAUGAGGGUGCUGAGGAAGUUUGGCUUGGAAGAUGAAGAUGAAAUGGGGUUAAGAAAAUUCAUCCAGUUGCCCUCCUUUGUUCCUGAGAUUUGCUUUGGUUACAAUCUAGGAGGGUGCAAGAAGGAGUCAGACUGUCAGAGAUUACACAUAUGUGUCUGUCACAUUAUGGAGAAGUGUGAUGAUGCACAAUGUUCUCUGAACCAUGAUGUGUUGGAUGAUCAUUGUCUUGGAGUCUUAAAGAAAUCCAAGUCAUAUUCAGAGAAGACAAGGAAGGAGUGGAAGACUUAUUUGAGAGAUGAAUGGGAGAAGUCUGGCAAAGCUAACAUGGUCCUUGAGAAAAGGAGGCAGCAUCACGAGGGAAAACAAAAGAAGUCCUCAUCUAAACAGAUGAACUCAAGGCCUCAGGAGGAGCAUCAUUUGCCAUGCAAAAGAGUCAACAAUAUUGUCACUGCCAAGGUCCCAGUUCCACCAGAGUUUCGAGGACAUAUGAUUGGAGUUAAGGGGAAGGUGGUGAAUGAAUUCAUGGAAGCAUAUGGUGUCAGGAUCCACGUCCCCACUUUUCAAGAUUCCUCUAAUGACAUCAUAGUGACAGGCCCACCUACUAAUGUGGAGCAAGCCAGGAAGGCUGUAGAAGAGAAGAUUCAGCAGUUGAAGUCCCAACGAGAGGACAGAAAAGCUCGUUCAUUUGAAGGGCGUCUGAUGGUACCAACACGAUUCCAUGGAAAAUUAAUAGGGAAAGGUGGUGAAACAGUGAAUAAGCUGACUCAAGACCAUCAAGUGAAGAUAAAUUUCCCAAAAGAAAACACACGAGGUCCACCUGAUGAAAUUAUUAUAAUCGGGUAUCGGAAUCGUGUGUUGGAAGCUGAGAGAGCAAUUAGAGAACUUGUGCCAUGGCCAUUGCCACGUUUGCUGGAACGAAGUCAGCAACAAGACACACAUGCCCCAACAUCGUAUUCCUCGUCCUCAAUGCCUCAGCCAAUGCGUCAAGAGGUCAAAUUUUUCCAAACCCUCGUGAAUGAAGUCGCGACCCGAGCGCUCAUCAUCCUCCACACUCAUCUGGACCUCAGCAAAUGCACGGCACCACCUCCUAACCAUUUUCCCAUCGUCACCAUGCACAGCAACGAUCUGACGGUUGAUUUCUAUGGGUGCGUGUUUGUUUACCCACGAAAAUCGUAUCACAUUGCUGACUUCACGGUUUCUGUGCGCUUCCGAGAGUGCGGCCAUUUUGUCACCGUCGCUGCGCAUGCUCCCUGCCAGCAGUGUAUGGAUGCUGUUUGA